UAUAUAAAUUAAGCAAUUAAAACUCUUAAUCAAAUUUGAAACAUCUUUUUACUUGCUUAAUCACACACACCAUCACCACCUCCUCAACCUCCGUUCUCCUGUCUUGUUCCUUUGUCUCUCUCUGUCUCCCUCCGCUUCUCAAUGCACAACAAAGGAAAAAACAACAGUUAUAAUCACCACCGCCACCGCCACCCUGAUCUCAUUCUUUACUAACAGAACUCGCCCACUUGAAGAAACUUGUUAAAGAUGCAGUUUUUCUUGCCAUUCUUGAUCUUAUUUUUAUCAUUUCUUGUGAAUUUAUCUGGUGUUAAGUGUGCUGCAGUUCUUUCUCUUGAAAGGGUUUUUCCUUUGAACCAUUCUUUGGACGUUGAGCUACUCAGAGCUCGUGACCAUCUUAGGAAUGCUCGGUUCUUGCAGGGUUUUGUUGGGGGUGUUGUUGACUUCUCUGUUCAAGGCACUUCUGAUCCUUUUCUUGUCGGGGUCACUGGAUCUUCAGCGCUCUUACUGUAUUUCACAAGAGUAAAGCUGGGAACUCCUCCAAGAGAGUUCAAUGUGCAGAUUGAUACAGGAAGCGACGUCCUGUGGGUUACCUGUAGUACCUGUAGUAAUUGCCCAAAAACCAGUGGCUUAGGAGUUCAGCUCAAUAACUUCGAUACCACAAGCUCAUCAACUGCUGGGCUAGUACCAUGUUCACACCCUAUUUGUACUUCACAAUUUCAAACAACAGCAACUCAGUGCCCUCCUCAGAGUAAUCAGUGCAGUUAUGCAUUCCAAUAUGGAGACGGAAGUGGGACAUCGGGUUUUUAUGUUUCUGAUACAUUUUAUUUUGAUGCUGUAUUGGGGGAGUCUAUGACAGCUAAUUCUUCAGCUGCCGUUGUAUUCGGAUGUAGCACCUUCCAAUCUGGGGACUUAACUAAGUCGGACAAAGCAAUUGAUGGGAUAUUUGGAUUUGGCCAAGGUGAUCUCUCUGUUAUAUCACAGUUGUCAUCCCAUGGGAUAACACCUCGAGUGUUCUCUCAUUGCUUGAAAGGAGACGGCAGUGGUGGAGGCAUAUUGGUUCUUGGUGAAAUUUUGGAGCCAGGCAUAGUGUAUACUCCCCUAGUGCCAUCACAGCCGCAUUAUAAUUUAUAUCUGCAGAGCAUUGCUGUCGGUGGACAAUUGUUACCUAUUGAUCCAGCAGUAUUUGCAACAUCAGGUAAUAGAGGAACUAUUAUCGAUACUGGAACAACCUUAGCUUAUCUUGCGGAGGAAGCUUUUGAUCCUUUUGUCAGUGCCAUAACUGCUGCAGUCUCACAAUUCACUACUCCUACAAUAUCUAAAGGAUCCCAGUGUUAUCUAGUAUCCAGCAGUGUAUCUUCAGUAUUUCCUCCAGUCAGUUUAAACUUUGCUGGCGGAGCUACUAUGCUGUUAAAACCAGAAGAAUAUCUCAUGUUUAUGUCUAAUUAUCCUGGUGCUACACUAUGGUGCAUUGGGUUUCAGAAGUUUCAAGGAGGAACAACAAUUUUGGGAGAUCUUGUUCUGAAAGACAAGAUUUUUGUAUAUGAUCUGGCUCAUCAACGGAUCGGAUGGACCAAUUAUGACUGCUCCUCAUCUGUGAAUGUCUCCGUAACUUCGAGUAAGGACUUCAUCAAUGCAGGACAACUAAUGAGCAGCUCGUCAAGAGACAUGCUCAUCAAGCUGCUACCUCUAAGCAUUUUGGCUCUCCUAAUACACACGCUCAUUAGCAUUCAUGCAUUUCCAAAUUUUGUAACUUAAACCACAGGUUCGCAAUUUAAUUCUUUACUCUGUUAGAAUUGGUUAGCCAGCAUAUUAUUUUAUAGUGGCCGGCUAGGCAUGUACUAGACUACGGCCUAGAGUUUUCAUCUGUCAUAUAGUUCUGAUUGCUGGCUAUUGGGGCAUCUUCGAUUCUACAAAUGGAAAGAUUCAAACGAAUUCAUGUAAAGAGCCGUCCAUCUCGAGCACCUGCCGAAAUUGUAAAUGCUUGUAUUUUAUGGGGUGUUGUAUCAUUGCAUUGAUGUUAAUUAGAACAAAUAUUCUCUCCAAGGAGAGUAAAGAUCUCCUUUGUUGACAAACAACUGUUGUGAUAGCUAUAGAUACCUAAAUUUUAGCGACCGAUCGGUUCAUAUACUCGACCUUUUUAGUUCGGUGCAAUUGUUGUAAUACUAGGAUAAAUAUCAGUAGCGUGAAAUGAAAUACAUGGAAGUUUUGUUUUGAA